AUGACUGUCUGGCUAACUGAACUCAACCCAUUUCACAGCCCAGGCGACCAGCACGCGACCACCAUCGCCAACCCGUUCGAAGUCGCCCAGCCCCGUAUCUCCGAGUACACAGCCCAAGAGAUCGCGACGCUGCAGUCCCGCCUCGAGAAGCAGCUGGGACCCGAGUACCUGUCGGCGCGCACGGGGCCCUCAGGCCAGAAGGUGCACUACAUCGCGGCGGAGAAGUGCAUCGCGCUCGCGAACGAGGUGUUUGGCUUCAACGGGUGGAGCAGCACCAUCAAGGAGAUCCAGGUCGACUUUGUUGACGAGCAUCCGCAGACGCUCAAGAUCAGCCUGGGCCUGAGCGUCAUUGUGCGCGUGACGCUUCGAGACGGGACGUUCCACGAGGACGUCGGCUAUGGGCACAUUGAGAACUGUGCCGGCAAGGCCAAGGCAUUUGAGAAGGCUAAGAAGGAGGGGACGACGGACGGGCUCAAGAGGGCGCUGAGGAACUUUGGCAACGUGCUGGGCAACUGCAUCUACGACAAGGACUAUGUCAAGAAGGUCACCAAGUUGAAGGUUGAGCCGAAUCGGGUGUGGGACGAAAGCGGUUUGCAUCGGCACGCGGACUUUGUGAAGAAGGAAGAGCUUGUCAAGGUCGAACCGGGGACGAGUGGUAGCGGUGCAGGUGGUGCUGCGACGGUGACGACAGUGCCAUCUGCUGAUGAAUCCUUCGAGGACCUCUUGGGCGAGUUCGAUGAGGUGGACUUCAACAUGAUGGAUGACGACCACCCUGACGAGGUCUCUGUUCCGCAAAGCGAGAAGCCAACUCCGCAGAGUAAUGGCAACAAGCCAAAUCUCCCAGGCAUGCAGCCGCCAUCACGACCUCUUUCACGGUCACACUCUGCAGGCAAUCCGGCUCGGCCACCACAGACUCUUGGUCAAGCCUACCCCCGACCUCAUCCUCAGCAUAAUCCAAAUCAAGCUACCCCACGCCCACAGCAUCCUUUGCAACAGCAAAUGGCGCAGCCACGCUCUGCCUCGGGCAGCAAUGGUCCGCAUCAGACACCACCACCACAAGCGCAAGCUCAGAAUGGGGCUGCCUCCUCUGAGGGUGUCGGCUUCUUCUCCGCCCGUGCAGUCAAGCAGUUCGCUGGUUCAAAAGGGGACGAAGAACCCAAACUCCCCACGGCGCCUUUGGGGGCUCAGGCUUUUAACCCUCACGCGGAGAGCCCGUCAAUCCGCAAGACUCCUGGUAUUGACCACACCAAGUCCAAGCCAGUGGCGCGGAACGGUCAACAUGUUGCACCGGCCGAGGGGAACGAGGGCGAGUCCAGUGGGCCCAACACGAGCAAUGGUGGAGGACAGCAGCAAGGUCCGAUGGCCGGCCAGAGAGGAAAUGUGGUUAACCCUCAACUGAGCCAGGCUAGGCGUAUUGGAGCUCCAGUGGGCCCCGGAGGUCCAGUGGGAAAUAGGGGCCAGUACCGUCCUCCCACGAUCAAGAGACCGCUGCCUAACGAGGGUGCCAACGGCGCUGCACGACCAGCGUUGGCCGACGUCUCUACGAAUGGCACAGUGAUUGCCGUGCCUGCUGGCGGUCUUGUAGGCGGCGACCCCAAGAGACAGAAGAUGGGUUGA